CCGAAAUGCUCUCUGCAAGAACUGUCCUUAGCCGUGCUGGCUUGAUCAGCAAUGCCUCCCGUCUGAACAGCACUCUUGUUGUCGCCGAGCACGAUGAGACAAAGCUUGCUCCAAUCACUCUCAAUGCUAUCACUGCUGCUUCUAAACUCGGAAAUGAAGUAUCUGUCCUCGUCACUGGAGCCAACGCAACAAAGGUUGCUGAACAAGUUGCAAAAGUGAAUGGAGUGAAAAGAGUUCUUGUGGCUCAAGAUGAGAAGCUGAAGAAUAAUCUUCCAGAACGAGUGGCUCCAGUUAUUCUUGCUUCUCAAAAACAAUUCAAUUUCACCGCCAUCACCGCUGGAUCUUCAGCAUUCGGACGUGGAGUUAUUCCAAGAGUCGCCGCUAAGCUUGACGUAUCUUCAAUCUCUGACGUCACUGAAGUUCAUUCGGCUGACAGUUUCACUCGCACUUUGUAUGCUGGUAAUGCAGUUAAAAAAGUGAAGAGCACCGCACCGAUCAAGCUUCUCACCUUCCGUGGAACAUCGUUCGAACCAGCAAAGGAAGGAGGAAGCGGCGCUGUUGAAAAUGCCCCAUCCGCUGAUAUCAAAACCGACCUCAGCGAAUUCCUUGGCCAAGAAUUGAGCAAGUCUGAACGUCCUGAUCUUGCAACUGCCAAAGUCGUCGUUUCUGGAGGACGUGGAUUGAAGAGUGGAGACAAUUUCAAGCUCAUCUAUGAUCUUGCUGAUAAGCUCGGAGCCGGAGUCGGAGCAUCCCGUGCCGCUGUUGAUGCUGGAUACGUACCAAAUGACAUGCAAGUCGGUCAGACUGGAAAGAUUGUAGCGCCGGAACUCUACAUUGCAAUCGGAAUUUCUGGAGCCAUUCAACAUUUGGCUGGAAUGAAGGACUCAAAGGUGAUUGUCGCCAUCAACAAGGAUCCUGAUGCACCAAUUUUCCAGGUCGCUGAUAUUGGAUUGAAAGCCGAUUUGUUCAAGGCCGUCCCAGAACUGACUGCUGCUCUUCCAUGAAUACCUUCAAAUAGCCUAAUGUAGAUGUGUCUUCUAAAUUAUUGUAUUCUAUUUAGUAACUCGGUUUAUCGGGAUAUUGUGAUUUUCGUUUUUAUGCUUUCAAUGUGAAUAAACAGCCAAAUCUGU